CUAUUGCGCAUUGUUCCUCCGAGAAAAGUGUCUUUUACCCUAUUUCCGCGUGGAAAAUCUCAUAAUAGUGAGUGAAAAUGUCACCCGGUGACUCCAAGGCGCCCGUGCGCACUGUGAAGCGUGUGCAAUUUGGCAUCCUAGCGCCAGAUGAGAUUCGCCGGAUGUCAUGCACCGAGGGUGGCGUGCAGUUUCCCGAGACUAUGGAGGGCGGCCGACCCAAACUGGGGGGUCUGAUGGACCCCCGGCAGGGAGUGAUUGACAGAAAUUCGAGAUGCCAAACUUGCGCUGGCAACAUGACGGAAUGCCCUGGACAUUUCGGGCACAUCGACUUGGCAAAGCCCGUGUUUCACGUUGGUUUCUUCACCAAGACGAUUAAAGUGUUGCGGUGCGUGUGCUUCUACUGCUCAAAGCUCCUGGUGAGUCCCAACAAUCCGAAGAUCAAGGAAAUCGUAAUGAAGUCAAAGGGACAACCCAGGAAAAGACUAGCGUACGUUUAUGAACUGUGUCGCGGAAAGACAAUCUGCGAGGGCGGAGAGGAUAUGGAUUUGGGCAAGGAGAAUUUGCAGACGGAUAUCAACAAGAAGACAGGCCAUGGAGGAUGUGGACAUUACCAGCCGGCCAUCAAGAAGACAGGCCUGGAGCUGAUUGCGGAAUGGAAGCAUGUGAAUGAGGAUUCGCAGGAGAAGAAGAUUUCCGUGUCAGCUGAACGUGUGUGGGAGAUUUUGAAGCACAUCACAGACGAAGAGUGCUUUAUUCUCGGCAUGGAUCCAAAGUAUGCUCGCCCAGAUUGGAUGAUUGUCACUGUUCUGCCCGUGCCACCGCUGUCUGUGCGGCCGGCUGUGGUGAUGUUCGGCGCAGCGAAGAAUCAGGACGAUCUAACGCACAAAUUGGCUGAUGUUAUCAAAGCUAACAACGAGCUGAAGAAAAAUGAGGCCUCAGGAGCAGCUGCUCAUGUAAUUGCUGAAAAUAUCAAGAUGCUGCAGUUUCACGUGGCCACAUUUGUGGACAAUGAGAUCCCAGGAAUGCCGAGAGCAAUGCAAAAGUCCGGUAAGCCACUGAAAGCCAUUAAAGCGCGUCUUAAGGGCAAAGAGGGCCGAAUUCGAGGAAAUCUGAUGGGAAAACGAGUGGAUUUCUCCGCUCGGACAGUAAUUACGCCAGAUCCGAAUCUUCGAAUUGAUCAAGUGGGUGUGCCGCGAUCCAUUGCCCAGAAUCUCACCUUUCCCGAGCUUGUGACGCCAUUCAACAUCGACAGGAUGCAAGAAUUAGUGCGCAGAGGUAAUUCACAAUAUCCUGGAGCCAAGUAUAUUGUGCGAGACAAUGGGGAGAGAAUUGAUCUGCGAUUCCAUCCCAAACCCAGCGAUUUGCAUCUUCAAUGUGGGUACAAAGUGGAGAGACACUUGCGAGAUGACGACCUGGUGAUCUUCAAUCGUCAGCCGACACUCCACAAGAUGAGUAUGAUGGGACACAGAGUGAAGGUGUUGCCCUGGUCAACGUUCAGGAUGAACUUGAGUUGUACUUCACCAUACAAUGCGGAUUUUGACGGAGAUGAAAUGAACCUCCACGUGCCACAGUCAAUGGAGACACGAGCUGAGGUUGAGAACAUUCACAUCACACCGCGUCAAAUUAUCACACCGCAGGCAAACAAGCCGGUCAUGGGUAUUGUGCAGGAUACUCUGACGGCCGUGAGGAAGAUGACGAAGCGAGAUGUGUUUAUUGAGAAGGAGCAGAUGAUGAACCUGCUGAUGUGGCUGCCGACUUGGGACGGGAAAAUGCCGCAACCGUGUAUUCUGAAGCCGAAGCCUUUGUGGUCAGGCAAGCAGCUAUUCUCCCUGAUCAUUCCAGGGAAUGUGAACAUGAUCCGAACGCACUCGACACAUCCGGACGAGGAGGAUGAUGGGCCAUAUAAGUGGAUUUCACCUGGAGAUACCAAAGUCAUGGUGGAGCAUGGAGAUUUGAUCAUGGGAAUUCUCUGCAAGAAGACUCUGGGAACAUCGGCAGGAUCUCUGCUGCACAUUUGCUUUCUGGAAUUGGGUCAUGAUAUCGCUGGGAGAUUUUAUGGAAACAUCCAGACAGUGGUGAACAAUUGGCUGUUGCUGGAAGGUCACAGUAUUGGCAUUGGAGACACAAUUGCCGAUCCUCAAACUUACCAAGAGAUCCAGAAGGCCAUCAGGAAGGCCAAGGAGGAUGUGAUAGGUGUGAUUCAAAAAGCGCACAACAUGGAACUCGAGCCAACGCCAGGAAACACGUUGAGGCAGACAUUUGAGAAUCAGGUGAAUCGCAUUCUGAACGAUGCUCGUGACAAAACCGGUGGAUCAGCCAAGAAAUCCCUGACGGAGUACAACAACUUGAAGGCAAUGGUGGUGUCUGGAUCCAAGGGUUCCAACAUUAAUAUCUCUCAAGUUAUCGCUUGUGUGGGCCAGCAAAACGUGGAGGGAAAACGUAUCCCAUUCGGGUUCCGGAAGAGAACUCUGCCGCAUUUCAUCAAAGAUGAUUAUGGACCUGAGUCGAGGGGUUUCGUAGAGAACUCCUAUUUGGCCGGAUUGACUCCGUCAGAGUUCUAUUUUCACGCCAUGGGCGGUCGAGAGGGAUUGAUUGAUACUGCCGUGAAGACAGCAGAAACUGGAUAUAUUCAACGACGUCUGAUCAAGGCUAUGGAGUCCGUGAUGGUACACUAUGAUGGGACUGUGAGGAAUUCAGUGGGACAGUUGAUUCAGUUGCGUUAUGGCGAAGAUGGACUUUGUGGAGAGACUGUGGAGUUCCAGAAUUUACCCACUGUGAAGCUGUCAAAUAAGGCCUUCGAGAAGCGCUUCAAGUUUGAUCCGUCAAAUGAGAGAUACUUGAGGAAGAUCUUCAAUGAGAACGUGAUCAAGGAGUUAACAGAAUCGGGCUUUGUCAUACAAGAAUUGGAAGCUGAGUGGGAUCAAUUGAGCAGAGACAGGGAAAUGCUCAGGCAGAUCUUCCCGAGCGGAGAGAGCAAAGUUGUGUUGCCGUGCAAUUUGCAGCGCAUGAUUUGGAAUGUUCAGAAAAUCUUCCACAUCAACAAGAGAGUGCCUACGGACUUGAGUCCAUUGAAAGUGAUGCAAGGCGUAAAGGAGCUACUCCAGAAGUGCAUUAUCGUGGCGGGAAAUGACAAGAUGUCGAAGCAAGCAAAUGAAAAUGCAACUCUCCUGUUUCAGUGUCUGGUGAGAUCGACGCUAUGUACAAAAUAUGUAGCUGAGGAAUUUAGAUUGACAAGUGAAGCCUUUGACUGGUUGAUUGGAGAGAUCGAAACGAGAUUCCAGCAGGCUCAAGUGAGCCCUGGAGAAAUGGUGGGCGCCUUAGCGGCUCAAUCUCUGGGUGAACCCGCCACUCAAAUGACUCUGAACACUUUCCAUUUUGCUGGUGUGUCGUCGAAGAACGUGACGCUCGGUGUGCCGCGUCUCAAGGAGAUCAUUAACAUUUCGAAGCGCCCCAAAGCUCCUUCCUUGACUGUGUUCUUGACGGGCGGUGCCGCCAGGGACGCGGAGAAGGCGAAGAAUGUUCUGUGUCGUCUGGAGCACACGACACUGAGGAAGGUGACAGCCAACACGGCAAUCUAUUACGACCCUGAUCCGCAGCGCACAGUUAUUGCUGAGGAUCAGGAGUUUGUCAAUGUGUAUUAUGAGAUGCCUGAUUUUGAUCCCACUCGGAUCUCACCAUGGCUGCUGCGUAUUGAAUUGGAUAGGAAGCGCAUGACGGACAAGAAAUUGACUAUGGAACAGAUUGCUGAGAAGAUCAAUGCAGGAUUUGGGGACGAUUUGAACUGCAUCUUCAAUGAUGACAAUGCAGAUAAAUUAGUGUUGAGGAUUCGUAUCAUGAACAGCGAUGACAACAAGUUCCAGGACAAUGAAGAGGACACAGUGGAUAAGAUGGAGGAUGACAUGUUCCUCCGAUGCAUUGAGGCGAAUAUGUUAUCUGAUAUGACGCUGCAAGGCAUCGAGGCAAUCGGGAAGGUAUACAUGCACUUGCCGCAGACGGACAGCAAGAAGAGGAUCGUUAUCACGGAGACAGGAGAGUUCAAGGCGAUUGGGGAGUGGUUGCUGGAGACAGACGGCACGUCCAUGAUGAAGGUGCUGAGCGAGAGGGAUGUGGAUCCCGUGAGGACGUACAGUAAUGACAUCUGCGAGAUAUUCCAGGUCCUUGGCAUUGAAGCUGUGAGGAAGUCUGUGGAGAAGGAGAUGAAUGCUGUGCUGCAAUUCUACGGCUUGUACGUGAAUUAUCGUCACUUGGCGUUGCUUUGUGACGUGAUGACCGCUAAGGGCCACUUGAUGGCCAUCACUCGCCACGGAAUCAACAGACAAGAUACAGGUGCACUCAUGAGGUGUUCCUUCGAGGAGACGGUGGACGUACUGAUGGACGCAGCGGCGCACGCCGAAGUGGAUCCAAUGCGUGGUGUGUCGGAGAACAUAAUCAUGGGCCAGUUACCGAAAAUGGGCACCGGAUGCUUCGAUCUACUUCUAGAUUCGGAUAAAUGCAAGCUGGGCGUUGAGAUUCCGACGACAAUGGGACCGUCGAUGAUUGGAGGCACUGGAAUGUUCUUCGGGGCUGGAGCCACGCCGAGUAUGAGUCCACCGAUGACUCCGUGGCAGCAAUCGGCUACUCCUGGAUAUGGAGAGUGGUCACCGGCUGGUGUGAGUGGCAUGACGCCGGGAGGACCGAGUUUCUCACCGUCUGGAGCGUCAGAUGUGAGUGGAAUGUCACCGAGUUGGUCGCCAAAUCCGGGCUCUCCAGCAUCGCCUGGUAUCACGAUGUCGCCGUACUUUGCUCAGUCGCCAGGAGCUUCGCCGUGCUACUCUCCAUCGAGUCCCAGCUACGGAGCUUCGUCUCCGAGUGCCGCCUCGUCACCGAAUUACUCACCGACGAGUCCCAACUAUUCGCCCACAAGUCCGAUGUACUCGCCCACAAGUCCACAGUACUCACCGACGAGUCCCAAUUACAAUCCGGCUUCGCCUAAUUAUUCACCGACAAGUCCGAGUUUCUCGCCAGCAUCGCCAAUGUAUUCGCCGGCGAACAGUAACUUUGCCAGUCAUCAAACUGGAUACUCUUCUGGCUCUCCGGCGUACUCUAUGCUGAGUCCGUAUUCACCGACGAGUCCGAGUUAUUCACCGACAUCGCCAGCUUACUCUCCGACAUCGCCCAGCUACUCACCAUCGAGUCCUGGGUACUCACCGACGAGUCCAAGUUACUCGCCAACAUCACCGAGUUACUCUCCAUCUUCGCCCAAUUACACUCCAACGACGCCUUCCUAUUCACCAUCCUCACCGCAUUUCUCUCCCACUUCACCUAGUUAUUCGCCAUCGUCACCGAAAUAUUCUCCGACUUCUCCUUCCUAUUCGCCCACAUCGCCUAGCUACUCUCCGGCCAGUCCGUCGUAUGGAGGCAGUCCGCAAUACACGCCGGGCUCACCUCAGUACUCACCAACAUCUCCGAAAUAUUCUCCCACUUCGCCUUCCUACUCUCCAUCGUCGCCGCAACACUCGCCGAGCAGCCGCUACAGCCCCAGUUCGCCGAACUAUUCUCCCACGAGUCCCAGGUACUCUCCCAACAUCAGCACUUACUCACCGAGUAGCACCAAGUACUCGCCAACGAGUCCGGCCUUCACACCAUCGUCACCCGCGUCCCCGACGUACUCGCCGUCUUCACCGGCGUACAGCCCCACGGCGCCCCAGGGCUACAGUCCCACGAGUCCCACUUACUCGCCCAGCAGCCCGUCAUUCGAGGAGCAGGACGAUUAAGGCGAGAGCAGAGAAUUUGCCCUACAUUUUUCAGUAUACUUGUAUUCCAUUUGACAAGAACUAAUUCAAUACAUGAGUUUCUGGCAUUUA